UACAACUUGUGCUUGCCGUAACGUUCUACCUUUAUCUGAAUCACAAUCCAUUCCUUUCUCCAACAUUACGCUUCGAAUCAGUUCCAGUACUUGUUCGAACUCUUCGAUCCACCGUUCGCUCCUUGCUGGAGAGAGGAGGGCAUGGAAGCGAACGGGGCGGAGAUCGUGUUCUUCGACGUGGAGACGACGGUGCCGAGCCGCUCUGGCGAAAGGUUCGCGCUGCUGGAAUUUGGGGCCAUUCUCGUCUGCCCGCGACGGCUGGUGGAGGUCGGGUGCUACUCCACCCUCAUCCGGCCCGCGGACCUCGCCGCCAUUUCCUCCGUUUCCAUCCGCUGCAACGGCAUCGGCCCCGACGUCGUCUCCACCGCCCCGACCUUCCACGACGUCGCUGACCGCGUUUUUGACGUGCUCAACGGACGAGUUUGGGCAGGGCACAAUAUUAUUAGGUUUGAUUGCCCUCGGAUAAGAGAGGCGUUUGAGGAGAUCGGACUGGCGGCUCCUGAGCCCAAGGGCAUAAUUGAUACAUUGCCUUUGCUUACUCAAAAAUUCGGCAGACGAGCUGGGGACAUGAAAAUGGCUAGUAUGGCAACUUACUUUGGGCUCGGACAACAGAAACACAGGAGCCUAGAUGAUGUUCGAAUGAACCUUGAAGUUCUCAAGUGUUGUGCUGCAGUUCUGUUCUUGGAGGUGAGUCUCCCAGAUGUUUUUUCUCUUGAUAAUUUAGUGCCCAACGGUAUUACAUCAAGAACAGCGACCUACUGGAAUGCUUCUCAUUCUCAGCAAAAUCUGUACUCACCUUCUGACGAAUUCAAUGAUCAGCAAAUAAACAGACAUAUUUUGAAUACCAGUGAUCAAGCUGGACCUAGUACUCCUGUAUGUGAGGAUCUUUCCAACAUGGCGGUGAAAAUGAACAUAGACUUGUUACAGUCUGACACACAGUUGGCCCAAAUAACAUCUGAUUGUGACAUUAUUUCUACCUCAGUUCCUACUGAAAAUUCCCAUGGUUAUGCUGGAUUUUUGGAGGUUGAUCAAGUGUUACCAAACAAGAUCAGAGCACCUACAGUCCAAAGUUCUCGAAAGAUUGUUCUACUUUACAGAGAAUGUCCCUUGCAGCUUUUUUGUAUGGGGAUGAUGAUUCAUUUUGGUGUCAACUCAAUAUUCAUAGACUAUGCCGGCCGGCCAAAGCUAAGUAUUGUGGUGGGUGCUCCAGAGAACUUAUGCAAGGUUUUGGAUAUCUGCGACCAAAUUGCUCAAGUAGCAUCUCAGAAUUCUGGAAGCAACUCUGAAUGGCGACCUGUGCUAAAGAGGCUUGGCCACUCAAAUACCUUCACUAUUCGUCUGCACAUCCCUACUGUGGCUAAUGGUGAUGGGACCAUAUACUCCACUGAGAUAUACCACAAAGAUCCAUCUGGGAAUAUGCAGAAGCUUGUUUUCAGCAGAUUAGAUGCUUCUGAGCUUGAAACAAUAUUUGUGCCAGGAACUACAGUUGAUGCUUAUUUCAAUACAGACAUCUAUGAUUUCCAACAGAAUGCAGGCAUCAAAUUGGUAGCCAGGAGAUUGGUUGUGGUCUCCAAAUAGGAAAAAAAAAAUAAAUAGAGUAAGGUUUCAUCAGUAACAUGUAGUGCAAAUUAUGGUGGUUGAAUGGCAGCAACCACAUUGUGGUAGGGGGUGAUGUAACUUAAUCUAUCUUUCAUUGACAUUUAUCCAUGAUAAUUGAUCUUGCUAAAUGCAAAAAUAUUAUAAUCUUUUAUUUACACCUUUGUGCAUCUGUGAGUCUAGUUGUGGUGAUGAGGUUGAGAUGCAGAUCAAAUGGGGAAGAGUACCCACCAUAUGUGCCACCAUGCCAUCAAUGCCCUGGAGCCUCAAGCUAUAUCAGCAGAUCUCUGCUAAUCAUCAAAUUGAAACAACAAUCCCAAAAAAUUCUUUUGUUUGUUUAUAUUCCAUUCUACACUGUAAUUCAAGUUCCAGAGGAUGUACUCAGAAGCAUAACUGAUGCAGUAUGACUCGUAAUUCUCUUGCAAAAUUUACGGAUCAACUGAUUGUUUCAGAAUCUAAUAUUGCUGCAGGUUCUGAGGAGAUUACUGGAGAUGAUGAAGCAUGAAGUGGAUGUUGGAUUGAUCUCAGACUAUGCCAACUUCAGAAGAGGGAAAUUGAUGAAACUUGGAGCUGCUGCAACAACUAAUGAGCUCAGGAAGGUUCAUGGAUGAUUAAGCUGCUGUUCCAUGCGCUGGCGUCGAUCUCGGACACGCGCCGUCGCUCCAAGACGAUGUCGGACACAUGGCGUGCGCCACCGCUCCAUCGCAUGCACUUUGCCCUCCUUAAAUUUUGACUCAUCUCAGCUCGAUGAGAAGAAAACUCGAUACGGUCGGUUGGCUGCUCGACGAUAUGCAUCCUCGAACCUCGUCGCUGCUUUUUUUGCUGCUGUUGCUCCUUGUGGCGGCGGAAAUUCCUGCGCCGGCCGUGGCGACGGCGUCAAAAGUGACAACCGAGGAUGAGACGGAGCAGGGAAUUAGCGAUGGGGAAAAGGACGAGUCGUGGACCGAGUGGGCCAAGGAAAAGAUCACCGGAGGACUUGGUCUCAGUAAACACCACCACGAAGGCCAUGAGGAGGAGAGAGACACUUCGAAGAAAGCCGAAGAGGCCGCGGAGAAGGCUCGGGAGGCAGCCAGAGAGACGGCCUACGAGAAGGCAAAGAAAGCUGGGGAAGCAGCUAAGAAGACUUCAGACGUGAUUAAAGAAGGCGUCUCGGGUUGGUAGUGUGUUAAAUUCACGAGCAGAAAGUUUUUUAGAUUAAUGCUGCUCGCGCAAUCUUGCAGAAGCUGGAAGUCGCACAGCAGAGAAGGUUGCGAAGUUCAGGGAGGCCGCCAAGGAAACUUCUGAGGAGCUUGCAGGCAAGGUGAAAGAGAAGGCGUCGACUGCGAAGGAACCUGCCGAAGAGCUCGCAGGUAAG